AUGCAGAUCCAACUUACAAUGGCAUACAGUUGGGAGAUAGCUCUUGCCCUGGCUGCUGGGGACGGCAGUGGGACUGAAUAUUCCACUGCACAUACGGGUCGCAUCACUGGUAUCAGAAUCUGGGAAUACAGUAGUGCAUACAUUGGUGGAAUCCAGCUGAGUUAUGAUGGUAACUGGACAACACUUGUUUGUGCAAACUAUGGCACUCAGAUGGAGAUGACACUUCUUGACAACGAAUCCAUCGUUCAGGUGUCUGGAAAGUACGACUAUGGCUACAUCUAUGAGCUUAUGUUUGUCACUAGUCAAGGCCGAUCUUUUAAAGUGGGACAACCUUCUGGAAUCUCAUUUAACUUCUACCCGACCCAUGAUGGAAGUGAGCUACGCUUUCUCAGUGGUCGACAGAAUGGAUGGGGAAUCACCUCCAUUGGGGCUCACUGGGCUGUCUACCACAGCAGUGACAACAGUGUAACACCUUAAGAUCAUAAUUAGUUCAGUUCAGUGCCCUUUACCUUCUUCUUGCCAGCAUUAAAUAAACAUCUACAGAAACUUUUUAUUUUUAUCUGUGUUUAUCUGAGUUUUAUCCUUUCUCAUUUUUAUAGACAUGAUUCUCAUGAUUGUUACUUGAAUAAAGUCGAUGUUGUUUUGUUAAUCUUAGCCUGUGUUAGGUGGGUCUUCUAAAAUACACUCAUUUUCAGCUGCAGCUGGAUUUACAACAUUUUCAG